AUGGUGGCCAAGGACGGGGAGAAGCUGCCAAUGGCUGAUGGUCAGGCCGGGGUGAGCGGUGUGACCAAGGGACCGAAUGAGCUGAAGGUGGCUGACCUGGGAACCCCACUGAGCAGGAUGGAGGUUUCGGGCGUGGCACUGCUCCUGCUGAGCCUGGAGCUGAGCCUGGUCUCUGCCCAGGACUUCUACCUCCAGAGAAUCCUGUGGAGAAACCAUGACAUCUCCAAGGUUUGGGGGACCUGGUAUUCUAUUUCCAUGGCCGCAGACGACAUGAGGCGGAUAGAAGAAGACGGGGAUCUGAGGGUCUUCAUGCAGAGUAUCGAAAGCUUAGAAAAUGGUGGCCUGCAGUUCAGCCUCCACCUCAUGUUGCAUAACGGGUGCGUGGAUGUGGCCAUGGUCUGUGAUAAAACGGGUAAGAGCAGGGAAUACACCAUCACCUACUUGGGGUAGAACCUGCUGCAGGUCUCGGAGGCCAACUACCUGCAGUACGUACUGCGGAACUUCAGGAACGGGACGGAGACGCAAGUGCUGGCGCUCUACGGACGGUUCCCAGAGCUGAAACCCAGCUUCCUGGACAGAUUUGAAAAAAUCUGCAAAUCACAUGGACUUGGCCCAGAAAAUAUCGUCGACCCCAGCAACACCGCAGCCUCGUACCAGGUCACCCUGCUCCUGCCCUGCCCGACGACCAUCUGUGUCAUCCUGCCCCAGCAGACACCACCUGUGCUGGUCCAGGUGGCUUACCUGGGCCACCCGACCCUCCCGCCACCCCACCCCAAGGCCUCUGCCCACAACCCUGGCUGCUCCCUCCAAGACCAACCCCUUCGGGAGGCCCCCAACCAGCCACUGCAGAAAGACGAAUGA